GUAACAUUGUAUGGGACAGAGAAGCAUAUCAUACAAAUCGUUACAUCUUCCCCGUCGGUUUCAUGAGUAAGAAACAGUAUCUAAGCGCAGUGGAUGUGACAAAAAGGACCACCUACACAAGCGAAAUUCUUGAUGGCGGUGAUACUCCGAUUGUUACUGCCGCGGAUCAACCCGGACGCAAAUUCUCCGCCAGUUCGUCGAGUGGAGUCUGGAAGAAAAUACUCGACGAGAUUAAUUGUCAGGGAGUUCCAUCCAAGACACACGCGAGUGGACCUGAGAUGCUCGGACUGAGUCAUUUAGGGAUUACUAAAUAUAUUCAGGAGCUACCGGGCGCAGAGAAAUGCACAAAAUACGUUAUGCAAAGAUGGCUCGAUGACGAUCAGCCUGGAAAACAAGCAGACUUGUCAGUCAAGGCUGAAAGCACCGACGGUGACAAAGGCAGCGUUACAAACGGUCAUGACCACGACUAA